UCCAAUUUCAGGAAGUGCUACAUUAGUGGGUCAUUUCUCACUUUACCAAUCGUGAAAUGGUGAAAUGCAGUAAUUUAUUAAGUUUUGAUGCCAGACUCAAGCAGAAAUUUUAACAUGUUCAGAUGCUUGAAUCUUCUGCUGCUCUUUUGCUUUGCAUAUCAUAUCGAAAUCGUCCCUAAACCUGUGACAGGGAAACGGGGAGGCAGCGUCACACUGCCAUGUCAAUUUGAGGACAGAGAGAUUUCUGAUAUUGUUUUAAGUAGUCAGUCAAAAAACAUUCUUGUUUGUCAGAAUGAAGAAUGUGAGAGUGAAAAUGAUCGAGUAUUUAAAACAGGAUCAUGUGACAUCAUCAUCAAGGAUCUGAGACUGAGUGAUGCUGGGAAAUACUUUCUGAGAGUUUAUUACAAUAAUGAUCAGAGAGAACUGGAGCGACAAAUCAGCAUAUACCAUCUUCAUAUUCAUGAUGAGAUUUCUGUGAAAACAGGAGAGCAGCUGAAAAUGGAUGUUCUGUUGAUCAAUGUUUAUCAAAUUGAGCAUCAGAGCAAAAUCAGCACAGAGUGGACAGAGGUGUGUACGAGAGGCGACGGGGUCCAGAAUGAUCGACUGACCAACAGAGAUGGAAAUCUGACCAUUAGUAAUUUUACAGUCUCUGACACUGGAACAUACAGAGUUCUGGACUCUGAAGGAGAAAUCUGGAUCACAGUCACAGUCACAGAAUCUAGUACAGGAUCAAAGGGAAAACUGGAUACAGAUGAAGACAAACCUGAUGAAAAAUAUACUGCAGUAUAUGUUGUGGUGUCUGUGAGUGGAGCUCUGCUGGCUCUGAUUAUAUCUGUCAUCAUCUGGAAAUACCGAUGUCGGCACAGGAACACAGAACAUUAUCCUACCAAGGGCUCCCAAUCCAAGACAUUGUACAGUAGUCCAGAACAUCUAGUGACAACACUGGGUACUUGUAAUCUGCCGUCAGAACCAACAGAUCCUCAGAGGAUUCUGUCAACAUAUGUCCGUGUUUUAACGAUAGGAAACUGACAUUAUUGAAUAUGUCACUCAUUUUGCAAAAACAGGCCUUAAUAAUGCACACUUUCACUGUCCAAAAAUUAGCUCUCUUGAUGUAAACUGCUUGUUCAUUGAACUGUUGUAUGAAAUCAAUAUUACAUUUACGGUUGUAUUGAUAUAUAGGAAGAACAGCACUCUUGCUCAGCUAUAAGACUAAAACUCACAGGGGCAUUUCAGUCUCAUAUCUUGAAUUUCAUGUAGUGAAAGUGUAUAGCAUGUAU